CUGCCCUAAGGCGGGAAGUAUAAACGGCUGAGGCGUCUUUCCAAGGGUUUCGAAUUUGGAACCCAAGCGUCGGUCCUUACUGCUCUUGCAAAGAAGAUGGGUUGGUCUCAUCCCGAUAUUUCGAUGGCUGAUCUAGUUGUUCAGAUCAAGGGCUUCGUAGACAUACUUGUUCUGGCCUCAGGCUACCAAUCAUCCGGCCUUCCUGCCAUCUGGGACGUCGAUAACAUCAAAAAGGCCGUGAGAUGGGGCCUCUUCUUUGAAAACGUGUUGAAAAGCUUGGAGCUUUAUGGUAAGUACGAGGAAUCUGUGAAGGAGCUUGAUGCAGUUCUGUUCAAUCUGACAUCAGAUCCACUUUUCCCUCUGGGCCUUGCGCAUAUGACAUCUGCAACUCUUUCUAAUGCGAGAAGAAUUGUCUUAGAAUAUUUACUUCAGACUUACCCUAUAAAAGAUGAGCAUUUUGUUGCUUUUCUUAGAGCUGUUGUUGAAUUGGACCUUGAUGAACUCACAGAAUCACGUAAUGAUUGUCAGAAAGUUUAUAUUGAGAGGCUUGCAUUGCAAAUGGAUUCGCUAGAGCUUGCAGGGGCAGGAAUGGGCUUGAAAAAAGUGACUACAGCCUUGCUGCCAGAGAAUGAUCGCAAUACCUCUAAAUCCUUGAAUCAAUUAGAUAAAAAUCUUCACACGCACCUUAUGUUUAAUGAUGAAAUGAGGGGGGGCGUUGGUGCUGAUACUUCUUUCUUUGUCAUUCGAGAAAUUUUAAGUAGGCAGGCAGUCAUGUCCCAUAUGUCUUUGAUUGAGAAAGGCAUAAAUGGUUUGUCAGAGAUUGUUGCAGGGAAUAAAAUAGGUUCCGAGAACACAAAGUUUGAGUGGAAAUCUGCUAAUGGGGCAUCUUCGGAUGGUGAUCAAAUAUUGAUGGAGCUAAACCAGUUCAAUCAGUGGAGAUCAAGGUGUGUUUCAUAUUUGCUAGACAAGAGAACCACAAAAUUACUUUCCGGUGCGGAGUUGAUUUUUCAAGCACCCAAGGAUCAAUGGAGUCGGAUUUUUGAAGGGUUAAUGUUUUCAACUGAUCCCUACUAUGAUAAUGUUAUUGAAAUUAUGGAGUUAUUGCUUUUGGGGCUCAUUUCAAGCAAAUGGAAUUCUCUGAUUCAGAAACUAAUAUCACUACCUUGUGAUUUCCUCCCCAUUCCGAAGAAAUUAUUGGAUUUACAUGAAUUGCUUCAAAGAUACAACUCGGCUCAUUCCAAUAAGCCCUACACGGGCAAGUGCUGGGAGGGAUUUAAGGGAGAUGGAAGGGUAAUGAAGGAGGACCUCUACAAAAUCAUCUACCAUUUCCACCUUCGCAAUCUCUUCACAAUAUCUCUCACAGAUUUAUCUACUCAUGUUUCUCUUCAUUUGCAAACUACAUCUGCUCAGAAAUUCAAUGGGCUUAAUUUCUCUGAAUGGCGUGAGCAAGUCCAGUUUCACCUUGGUGUUUUGGAUCUUGAUUUAGCACUCACAACUAAGAAGCCCCCUGCUCCUACUAAUUUGAGCAGUGAUGAGCAAAAAUCUUUCUAUAAAACUUGA